AUGGCUAUUGAUUCUCGGGAUCCAGACGGCGACUCUGAGAUGGCCUCAUCCGCCGACUCAGUCCACACUGACUCAGAUGCACCGGGCGCCCGCACUCCAACCCAUUUCGCUCACGCAUCUGCCGCCACCGCAUCUGAACUCUCUCCUCCCGGUUCCCAGCCCCAACAAUUACCCAAUAUCUCGACUGCCGUCAUGAAGGACAAUGGGGCCGGGGCACAGAAGUCUCGAGCGAGCUUAGAACAUCCCAUUGCGGCAUGGCAGACCAAGCGUGCUCAGGACGACUACCAGAAAGCGAUGGAACAUGUCGUGGACAAGGACUUUAACUUGCACGAGUUCGGAGACCCCUUCGAUGAGCGCGACUUGGAAGAGAAGUUGUUGUAA